AAAUGUUAACAUUCAAUGACGGUCUCGGAAUAAACUGAAACGACGCGUUACGCCAAAUUAGCCAAAAUUCUAAAACGUUAAAUCAAAAUUCAGUUGGCGUCGUAGUGUGACGUUAAAUCCCAUUGUAUUUUGCAUUGUAAUAAAAAUAUGGACAAAUUGAAGGAGGGCGAAGUAAACAACGGAUUUUCCCCAGAUGAGGGAAUUGAAUAUGGAAUCGAAACUCAUAAGACUGGUUUCCAAAUAGAAGAUACUACAGAUGCUAAGCAACCGAGUAAAUUAGUACUUAUAAUAAAGAGAUGUCUGAUAUGGUCGGUCCAUGUACUCGUGGGAGUAUAUUUCGGAUUUGCAACCCAUUACUAUUUAAGAGAAUAUAACAAGCACUACUGCGAUACAAUUUAUCAUCCGCCAAAUGACAUCCAUUGCACUAUGAGAUUUUGCAAUGGCUAUGGAUUUCUGGUACUCUUUCUAGGAUUCGUCUACUUUGGUUUAAUUUAUUAUUUCAUAUUCAAACCUAAACUAGGACGAUAUCUACAUCGAAACUAUAUGGUGCCUUUUGACAGAUGGUGGAUGAUUUUUAGUCGUCAACGAACAAUAGAGAUGAUAUUAUUGGGAAUCCUAUUAUUGGCCGUAGCCAUAUUCCUAUACUUCGAAACUAGGGACUAUCCGGAGAAACUGAAAGGACUGGUGGCACCAUGCUUCUUCAUUGUAUGUGGUUUUCUAUUUUCCACCAAACGUGCGGCCAUUAAAUGGCGCAUUGUGGUCACUGGCGUCACAAGUCAAUUUUUGUUGGGUAUCAUUUGCAUACGUUGGAGUGUGGGACGUAGCAUAUUCGAGUGUGUUGGCAACAAGACGGCCACCUUUCUGGGUUUUGCCGAUGAGGGCAGUCGUUUUGUCUAUGGCGACACUAUCUUGGAUCAGGGCGUCUUUGCAUUUGCCAUUUUGUCUGUGAUAUAUUUCUUCAGUUUCUUCAUAUCGAUUUUAUACUACUUGGGUGCCAUGCAAUGGGUGGUGAUUAGACUUGGCUGGAUUUUACAACAAAUGCUGGGUACUACAGUGUGUGAAAGUGUAACAGCAGCGGCCAAUAUCUUUUUGGGCAUGUCCGAGAGUCCUAUGCUAAUCAGACCCUAUAUAAAGAUUUUAACAGCCAGUGAAAUACAUUCGAUUAUGGUGUCAGGAUUUGCCACAGUCUCUGGUACGGUAUUGGCGGCCUAUUUAAGUUUUGGUGCAAAUGCCGCACAUUUGAUAACAUCCAGUGUGAUGGCCGCACCAGCUACAUUGGCUAUAUCGAAAUUAUAUAUGCCCGAAACGGAAGAAAGUAAAACGUCGUCUGACAACAUACAACUGGAAGAAUCGGAGGAUUCUUCAAUACUCGAUGCGGCUUCUAAUGGUGCUAACAGUGCCAUUCCUAUUGUCUUGGGCAUAAGUGCGAAUAUUAUUGCCUUUGUAGCAUUCAUUGCCUUUCUAAAUGCGGUAGUUAGUUGGUUUGGUGGUAUGGUAGGUUGGGAUUACAUUGAUUUUGAAUGGCUUUUCUCAAAGCUUUUCAUACCAUUGGCCUGGGCCAUGGGUGUACCCUGGGAGGAUUGCGAUGACAUUGCCAAAGUGGUAGCCACCAAAACAAUUAUCAAUGAAUUUGUGGCUUAUGAGCGUUUGGGAGAAUUGAUCAAAACCAAUGCCAUACGUGCUCGCAGUGUUGGCAUUGCAACAUUUGCCAUAUGCGGUUUUGCUAAUCCCAGUUCUUUGGGUAUUUUAAUUGGAUCCUUGGGAGCCAUGGCUCCAAAUCGUCGGGGUCUCAUUACUUCGGUGGCUUUUAGGGCUUUCAUUGUGGGCAGUAUUGUGUGCUUUAUUUCGGCAAGUUUUGCAGGCAUUCUAAUUCAAGAAGAGGAAGAAAGUCGGAAUUAUGAAAAAUUCAUAAGAACAAUGAUGAAGAAAAACAUAACAUUAGCCUUAGUAGAAAGUCCUUAGAUAGGGUGACAAUUGUUGUUACCAUUUCUUCAAAUCUUGCCACAUCUUAAAACCACCGACAGCAAAAGACUUCACUGUAAAAUUCGUAGCUUAAGUUUGGAUGCAAUAUUUUUAUGUCUUUAUGUACAUAUGUUAUUUAUUUAUUUAUACAUACUUAUAGUUAUCUGUAAAUUUUAUUUACUUUAGCAUAGGUCUGUUGCUGUAAAAAGUAUUAUGCAUGCAAAAUAAAAAUUCGAUAUUGUGUUUUAUACAAUGACCCAUAACAA